UUAAAUUAAUUUAAAAUGGCUGCAACCCCUGUCCCUUUCUUCUCUUCAAUUACAGCCAUCCCCAAGCUCAAGUCCUUGCUCUUUCACAUUCACCUUCCCCCACCUUUCUUCUCCUACUCCGCUGCCAACAGCACCCUUUUUAUUAGCCGUUCCACUUUUCGAUUACCAAACUCCCGAAAACUCCGCCGAUAUCCAAGCCCUCCCGCUGCCGCCAUGAUCUUUCCUCAAUAUCCGGUCUUUUCUGACGCUUGCGCCACCGUCGUUAGCGGCUUCAUCGCUCUCUCUGUCCUCCGUGUCUGGCAGGAGACCGCCAAAGGCGGCCUGUUUGACCAGAAACUGAAUCGGAAGCUUGUGCAUAUAAGCAUUGGGCUUGUUUUCAUGCUUUGCUGGCCAUUAUUCAGUUCUGGGUAUCGUGGAGCAAUUUUAGCAGCUGUUACACCUGGCAUCAACAUUAUACGGAUGUUUCUUGUAGGUUCUGGAAUAUGGAAAGAUGAAGCCACCGUGAAGUCAAUGAGCAGAUAUGGGGACUACAGGGAACUUCUUAAAGGACCACUCUAUUAUGCUGCAACAAUUACUUUGGCUUGUGCACUUUACUGGAGGACUUCACCAAUCGCAAUUGCUGCAAUAUGCAACCUUUGUGCUGGAGAUGGCAUUGCGGAUAUUGUGGGAAGGCGCUUUGGUGGACAGAAACUUCCUUACAAUAAGAACAAGUCCGUAGCUGGUAGUGUUGCAAUGGCAACAGCUGGUUUUUUUACCUCUGUUGUGUUUAUGUAUUAUUUUUCCUACUUUGGAUAUAUUGAAGAGAGUAUGGAGAUUGUUUUGGGUUUCUUGGUGGUGUCUGUUGCCUCAGCACUUGUGGAGUCGCAUCCGAUUAGUACUGAACUUGAUGACAAUCUCACAGUUACCUUAACAUCAAUAUUGGUUGGCAGUCUUGUUUUCUGAUUGAAGAUUUGUAAGCUAAACAAGGAAGUGGGUAGUUGUAGGAGCAUUGUUUAUCUGGUACGAGAAAUGUUGUAAUUUAGUGUAACAUGAAAUGCUUGAAACGUGGCCAAUGUUGAUUCCACUGACAUUUGAAGUUCAAGUCCCAAACUGAAACUGCAUUUCUAUUCAGUUAUUUUUUUAGGCA